GGUGUGAUGGGUUUCGAGUUCUUAAGUAUAUUUUUUUAAGUGUACUUUGACAUUUCGUGAGGAACUGUGAAUACGUUGAUGUUUUUUGCCAGCUGUCAAUUGAACACGUAAAUACAUCGACAUGGUUUUGCUGGAUAAUUCAAGUUUCAUAUUACGUUUGGAAAAAUUUGCUACAGCAGCGAAAAGUAAUUCCUCAUUUACUGUAACAUUUAAGCGAUAUAAUGGACACGAUAGACCCAUUCCUAGAGAAGGUAAACCACCACUGCCAGAACCAGAUACCUAUAUGUGUUUAAUGCGUGCCCAAUCAAAAUCUAAAAAGAUUUCAACUAUAGUCCGUCAAGAGGAUGUGCCUACAAUGAUGUCGCUAUAUGGUCAAUUUAUGAAGAGUAACAUGGAUGGUUUAAAACGUGUCAAAAAAGUUAAAAGCAAAGCAAAAGCUGCUAAAGGAUAAAAAGGCUGUGUUUAUUUCAUAUUGUAUUGAACUAUAAAAUAGCAUUUAAAAAUGUUUUUUACGUGAAUUCU